CCCCUCGCCAUCCCUCCCUCCUUCCCUCCCCGGCUCUCAUUGGCUGCCCUGCCCAGCUACCUCCAUCAAACCCUCAGAUAGGCCAGAAUUCCGGCAUCACUCCAUGGACCCUAGCGGCAUCUUGAAGGCAUUUCCUAAACGCAAGAAAAUUCACGGCAAUCCCUCAUCAAGAGCCUCUUCGAAGAUUCCUAGGAGGGAAGGAGGAGAAGCAGCAGGAGAGUGGCUGAGGGACGUGCGGGCUCACGUUGUGCCUGCUGGCAUUGGGCGAGCCCGCGCAGAACUAUUUGAGAGGCAGAUCGUCCAGCAUGGUGGCCAAGUCUGCCCUGCUCAGUGCCCAGGAGUUACUCACAUUGUGGUGGAUGACGGCAUGGACUGUGAGCGAGCCCUCCGCCUGCUGAGGCUGCCCCGGCUGCACCCAGCCACUCAGCUGGUGAAGUCAGCCUGGCUGAGCUUGUGCCUGCAGGAGGGACGGCUGAUGGACACGGCGGGAUUCAGCAUCUUCAUCCCUGACAGGUUCUUGGACCAACCUCAGCACGACAAGGCCGACCCCAUCUCUCCUCCUCCAGUGGCUGCUGAGACCCUGCUCAGAGCAGCCCCCUCUGCCCCAGCCCCUGUCCCUAGACCUGUAUCUCCUCCUGGGAGAGCAGAGGAGAUCUCCAGCACCCAGGCCCAGCCCAACUCUGAUGAUGAAACUAUCGAUGGGGAGGAGGCCCUGGUUAGUGCAGCUGACCUGGAAGCCUUGAUCAGUGGCCACUACCCCACGCCACCCGAGGGAGAUGGGGAACCCAGCCCAGGCCUCCAGGGCCUGGAGAAGUGGGUCUGUGCCCAGCCAUCGAGCCAGAAGGCGACCAACCACAACCCCCACAUCACAGAGAAGCUGGAAGUGCUGGCCAAAGCCUACAGUGUGCAGGGAGACAAGUGGCGGGCCCUGGGCUACACCAAGGCCAUUAAUGCCCUCAAGAGCUUCCACAAGCCUGUCACCACCUACCAGGAGGCCUGCAGCAUCCCCGGGGUUGGGAAGCGGAUGGCCGAGAAGAUUGUGGAGAUCCUGGAGAGCGGGCACCUGAGGAAGCUGGACCACAUCAGCGAGAGUGUGCCAGUCUUGGAACUCUUCUCCAACAUCUGGGGGGCUGGCACCAAGACUGCCCAGAUGUGGUAUCAGCAGGGCUUCCGGAGCUUAGAUGACAUCCGCGACCAGGUGCCGCUGACCACCCAGCAAGCCAUUGGCCUGAAGCACUAUGACGACUUCCUAGAGCGCAUGCCCAGGGAGGAGGCUGCAGAAAUUGAACAGACGGUCCGGGAAUCCGCUCAGGCCUUGAGCCCCGGGCUGCUGUGUGUGGCGUGUGGCUCAUACAGACGGGGGAAGGCAAGCUGUGGGGACGUGGAUGUGCUGGUCACUCACCCUGAUGGUCGCUCUCAUCAAGGCAUCCUCAGUCGUCUCCUUGAGAACCUUCGGCAGCAAGGGUUCCUGACCGAUGACCUGGUGAGCCAGGAGGAGAACGGCCAGCAGCAGAAGUACCUGGGCGUGUGCCGGCUGCCAGGGCCAGGGCGGAGGCACCGGCGGCUGGACAUCAUCACAGUCCCCUACGGCGAGUUUGCCUGCGCGUUGCUCUACUUCACGGGCUCGGCACACUUCAACCGCUCCAUGCGGGCCCUGGCCAAGACCAAGGGCAUGAGCCUGUCCGAGCAUGCGCUCAGCAGCGCCGUGGUCCGGGGCCCGCGUGGCCUCAAGGUGGGGCCGGGCCAGGUGCUGCCUACCCCCACGGAGAAGGACGUUUUCCGCCUCCUGGGCCUGCCCUACCGAGAGCCCGCCGAGCGCGACUGGUGACCCUGCUGGGGUCCGCGGAGAAGGACCCACGCCACUUGCCACUCGCGGCCUGCCCGGCCUGGCCGUCACCCCGCUCUGCCCCCACCUCAGGAGAGUGGUGC